AUGUGUUUGAAAGCAGGUUGUUCCUCUGAACAUUGUUUCGUUCACCCAGAGCACUCUGAGCAUUUUUCCCUUGGUCACGAACACUUCGCUGUCUGGGCAGCAGCUUGGAAUAAAGACGAGAAUCUUGCAGACUUAGAGACUCCCCCGAACCACCACAAAUUCAACAUGGCUCCAGGUCAAAAAACUGCCGAUAUUUCACCUCUCCUACAGCGUCGACUCACUGACCGAAAUCAACCAACUAACAAUGCUGGCCCAGUCAUCAAUUUCAAUAUACCUCCCGAGUUGCUCGCUGUUUUUCGCCCCGCCCCUGCCCAGGCUGCUAUCGAACAUGGGGUACCACCACCUGCUGUGCAUGAUCCUCAAUCUCUUGUCCAGUCUGGUAUGCAACAUGGCCCCAACCUCACGCUCAAUGCUUUCUGCACAAUGUACGGGCUUAGUCAGGAGAUCAGGACGAAGCUGCAUGACAACGGUUAUACUGGUUCCGACACGCUAACCUUCAUCAUUGUGCCAGAACUCAAAGAAAUGGGCUUCAAAUAUGGUGAGAUCGCGGCACUGAAAGCAGCCAUGAGACAGUGGUGCCAGUGA